ACUUUGAACAUUUCUGCAAAGCUAGAGAAGGUAUCUUCUAAUUUAAAUUUCUUUAAGAAUUAUCUAUUGUGUAAUAUACUGUCAACAGGAGGUCAGUUUUAAAGGAAUAUUACUGAUAGCCUGAAAGACUGUGGAAAAGAAAUUCUUUUUCCCCCUUACACACUGAUAGUUCUUAUAUUUGCAUUCCUGCAAUUCUUAUAUUAAAAAACAUUGGAUUAGCAGCAAAAGAGUUGAAAAUGGCAGAAGUUGGGAAUGACUGCUAUUUCUUUUUUAAUUCCACAUGCAUAAAGGGUUCCCAGUGCCGAUUCCGACACUGUGAAGAGGCCCUUGGCAGUGACACUGUGUGCUCAUUAUGGAGAGAGGGAAAAUGUUUAGAUCCACUUUGCAGAUUUAGACACAUGGAAAUGCAGCAAAACUGCAGCAUUUCAUGCUUCUGGGAAACUCAACCUCUUGGUUGUGUGAAGAUCAGUUGUAUCUUUUAUCACAGCAAACCUCGCAAUAUCAAUGGAUUAUUUUUGCCACCAAGUAGCAAUAUCACACCACAGAAAGAAACUCAGGAAGGAAUUCCACCCCUGACCCAGAGUCAGGAACCCCUGAAACCUCAGGAGAAUAUAUCACGACCCAUUCACCAUCCUUUAGUUUUAAAAACUAACUUUGAGGAAGAAGAGGAGGAAGGAGAUGAACAAAAUGAUGCUUCUAGUUUAUGGACAAAGACUCCUGAAGAAAUUGAAGAAAAAAGAGCAAUAAAGGAGAUGUGUUAUAAAUCUGGUGAAUACUACAGAUUUCAUACUCCUCCAGAUAUUUCAUCAUCAAAAAGCAUAGCCUCUACAGCAGACAAAGAGUUAGAAAAGCCUUUGGAAAAUGGCAGUGAAUUGCAAGAAGGGGAUGGUCUUACAGUUCCAACAAAAUUUAGCCUAUUUGAAAGGCAAGGUGAGAUAAAAGCAUCAUUGGAUAGGAAACCAAGGACUGACAUUGCUGCUUUUGAAAAUGGAGGAGGUGACUGUUAUGUUCCACAGAGGAUCAUAUUUCUUGGAGUAGAUGAAAAUGAAGCUUUAAAAGAAGAGAAGGAAAUCACCAUGUCAAAAUGUUCAAAUAGUAAAGUGAAUGAUGUCCAGCCAGUGAGGAAGCCUCACUUUAAAGGUGUGAAAAAAAGAAAAUGGAUUUAUGAUGAACCAAAGAAUUUUCCUGGCCCAGGAAUGCGGAGAGCAGUACAGGCCCCAAAUCCCAAAAAUAAAAUGACUUACCAUCGCAAUAAUAAAAACAGAAAUGCUGAGAACACAUCCUAUAUCCACGUUCAGAGAGAUGCUAUCAGGACCGUCUCACUGAGUGCACCCCCCCGCAGCAGGCCCACAAAUGGGUCCUACAAUAAAGUCGAUGUUAACAAGGAACCCAAAUUCAGCCUCUGUCCAGGUAAAGCUCUUUUGGUAUGUGAUUUACUCAUGUCCAUGGUUUGCAUCCCCAUGGAAUUACGUGAUGGUCCAACUAAUCUUCAUUGCCACCCGCCCCCCUUUUCUGUUUCCAGGCCAUCACCACACCAGGACAUCUUAGAAAACUGGUGAGAGGAUUUCUCCCAUGAGCAGGAAUGCACAUGGUUUAAAGGAUAUGUUAGAAAAUGUGUUGGGUACAGACGACUAGACAUUGAACCUCACUAGAGUUUUGUCUCAGAGCACUGCACUUUGUUCCCCCCCUGGAUAGCUUUAUUUCACUCUUGAGGAUUGUUUUCAAAUGGUUGACAUUUUCUUCUUCCAAUAACUGCAUUGUUCAAUCAUCACUUUCAGGCUAGUGCCUUGGCUUUUCUUUAAGUCUUCAUGAUUACUUUCUGAAAGGGUUAGUUUGGGGGUUAACUACAAUAUUUUUGGCAACCUCUCAUCUCUCCCACCAUGCACAGAUUGCUCCUAAAUCAUUUCAUCAUGUAAUAGGCAAAGUCAUAGUAUAUGUACAAGGCCACCAUGGAGGAGGGAACUACAUCUUUUCUUCCUGUCUUGGAUGAAUUUUGUUUUUUUGAAGUUGGGUUUCAGCUCUCUCAACUUAACAUGAGGCAACUUAAUUCCCUCUAAUUUCAUGCGUGUAUUUUCUUGUGUUCCCAGUCUAGUUAGUGGGGUUCUGAAUAUUCUGUACUUUCUGAAACACAAGUAAAAAUUCAAUGUCUCUCUUA